AUUUCGUUUCCACUCGAGCGAUGACAUCUAAGCUCUGCCGAAGCACACCACCCGAACCGAACCGUCGUUUGACGCGUAGUUGCGACUCUCGCCCACUAGAUGGCGCGUUUUCAUUUCGCUGUCAUGUCCGGAUGCGACAUAUAUAUAUGUUAAGUUUUGUAUUCCCUUUUAAGAAAUAAUAAAUCACGAAUUUAAGUAAUAUCCAUAAUUCAAAACAGAACCCAAAUAAUAAACACGCUGUUAUUUUUUUUAUCGGAAACAAACAACUGUAAAUAUUAUUAUGUGCAGUGAUAAUACUUAUUUUAUUUCACGUUGUGUUUUCAAAGCAGUGGCAUUUGGAAUCUAGACAAUGUCUCAAAAAGUAGCUAUUAUUAUUAACGGGACUAAUAUUUUGGGUCUUGCUAUUGUUAAAGCUUUAAGUGAAAAAUUAAAUGGCACUGUUUAUUUCACCGCCUCGGAUGAAGAAGAAGGGUUAAAAGCUACAGAAAAUUUUAACAACAUUGGUUUGUAUCCAAAAUUCCUCCUCGCACAAAUCACUGACAAGCCCGCUCUGAAAAAGAUUGCAGAUACAAUUCAAAUGAACCAUGGCAGCUUUGAUAUAUUAAUAAAUAAUACGGAGGACUUAAAACAAUGUGAAGAUUUUCCAACUUACGAAGAAGCUAAAAAUGUUAUUGACUCGAAGUACAAAAGUUUGUUAAUUGUAGAGCAGUAUUUGUUUCCUCUACUAAAAGAUAGCGGUAGAGUCAUCAAUGUCACAAAUGCAUAUGGUCAUCUUUCGAACAUAAAGAAUGACAAAUGGAUCAAAACCCUUACGGCUCCAGAUUUAACGGUAGAACAAAUUGAUAAUUUGUUUGUAGAGGAGUAUUUACGAAGCUUAGAAAAUGGAAAGUUCGAUAAAAAAUGGUUCAGUGAUGACGGAAAAAUUGCGGAAUAUAAAAUCUCAAUGGUUGCUCGGACUGCCCUAACGUUUGUGUGGCAGAAUAAAUAUAAAAGUAGAAAUAUUUGCGUUAAUGCUGUUUAUCCUAGAUUGUUGGCUUUAGAUAUGGAAAGCGCUGAAGAGUCAAUCAAAGCUAUCCUAUAUCUAAUUUUCGAAGCCUCGCCAAAGUUAACUGGAACUUUUAUGUGGCAUAACAAGAAACUAAUUGACUGGUACGAUACAGAAAGUGAUUAUUCGUGUAAAGAUGUUACCUUAGAGUAAAUAAGUUUUUCAUUUUUCAUACUAUCAACAUUUUUAAUUUACUAAAUCUAUAUAUCCUUAUUUCAAAGUAAUUUAUUAAGUACUAAAUUCUGCGUCAAUAGGAACAACUUUUGACAUCGAUCGCAGGUGACAGCUUCAAAAAGUUACAGAUUAAUGACAAUUCGAUUCAUUCAAGUUUCAAAUUACAAUACAUUCAGAAUUUCCUUCACCACGAAACUUCUUUGAUGAUUCGAUAAAUUAUAAAUUAAAAACACGAGCCGAAACAUCCUACAAAUUUAAUUAAAAAUCUAGGGUAUCUUGAAACUAAGUUCCGGUGAAAAAAACAGUGCUACUCAUUUUAAAUACUUCAAAAAAUUAUUAGCUCGGUCUACCAGACCGAUGGCACAAUUUGCCGCUCAAGCAGCACUGCGUUCUCGCUGGGGCUCUCUGAUUGAGUCAACCAGCAUCGACGUACCAGGCGAAGUUACCGAUGGUGUCCGAUCAGUAGUGGGAUGGCUAAAACAGGCACAGUUUUGAUUUAAAACUCUAUAAUUGUUGUUUAGUCUUGGCUAUGAUGUUGGGAAUGGCUUGGUUUAUUCUUGAUGUUGUUUCUUUAUUGAGAAUCAUAAAUCAAUACAUUACAACUAUAACUUUGAGAAUUAAUCAUAAAUAAACAAAACCCGGCACUUAAAUUAAACAUAAAAUAGUAAAUAACAAAGCAGUAUUUAUGAAUUUAAAAAAUAUUCAUGUUAUUCAAUUUUUAAAUUCUGCAUUACUCAAUGAUAUUAUUACAAAUUCAAUCUACUACUACUGCUAAGGCACAUAGAUCUCAUAUGUAACCUUAUCUGUGGCACCCGCACAACUUCUCCGAGCUAAGUGGUUAGGUCAUAUAAUUUUAAAUAUCGAUUCUCAAUACAGAAACAUUCUUAGAUUGAUGUUGUAGAUAAUUUAUGAAUAUAUUUUUAAAGAACCACAAA